GGGAAGAAGGUAAUAAAAGGUGUAAUCUGCAAAAUCACAUUGUCACCGGUGGAAACAAGGAUAACGUUUUGCGUUUCUCACCUUUCAAAGAAUGUUCAGGAACCAGUAUGAUAAUGAUGUCACAGUAUGGAGUCCCCAGGGACGAAUACAUCAGCUGGAAUAUGCGCUAGAGGCUGUAAAACAGGGCUCUGCCACAGUAGGAAUCAAAUCAAAGAAGCAUGCUGUUUUAGCAGCUUUGAAGCGUGCCCCAUCAGAAUUGUCUGCCCACCAGAAAAAGAUUUUACCAAUAGAUGAACAUGUGGGAGUGGCCAUUGCUGGACUGACAGCAGAUGCUAGGCUUUACAGUAAAUUCAUGAGAGCAGAAUGCCUGAACUCCAGAUAUGCUUACAACCAGCCGUUACCCAUCUCCAGAUUAGUGUCUCUAGUUGGGAACAAAUCUCAAGUACCCACACAGAGGUAUGGUAGGAGGCCAUUUGGUGUGGGUUUGCUGGUUGCUGGGUAUGACACAAUGGGACCACACAUAUACGAAACCUGCCCUUCAGCAAACUGCUAUGACUGUAAAGCUAUGGCCAUUGGGGCAAGAUCACAGUCAGCCAGAACCUAUCUUGAAAAACAUCUGGACAAAUUUCCUGAUAGUAAUAUGGAGGAGCUGAUCAAGCAUGGCUUAAGAGCAUUGAGGGAUACAUUACCAUCUGAAGUGGAGCUGACGACUAAGAACUGCUCUUUUAGCGUCGUGGGAGAAGACAUGAAGUUUACCAUUUAUGAUGAUGAUGCAGUGGCUCCCUAUCUAACCAUGAUUGAGGGUGAGGAGAGGACAACUUUACCUGUGGCUGAUGAGGUCUGCAGAGGCUGGGGUGGCCCAUGGAGGAAGGAGACCCUGUGGCACGGCCUGCCGUCCCCACCCCACAACCUGCUGAGCCUGUUACAGCCCCCAUGGACGAGCAGUGAUGAAGCGACUAGUGCUAACUAA